CUGCACACUGAAAAGCAGCAGCUCUUGAUUUUUUCUCUUUAAGACACUCAUCUAAUGCCAUCUUUUUUGAUUUCUCUCUGAUCUUCGGUGGUGCGGAGCAGGUUGCUCAUGGAUGCUCUACUUAAAUACAAGUUGCUGUGGGUGAUCAUCGGGAUGAUCUUUGUGAGUGUGGUGAUCAGCGUCAUCUUCAUUCUCAUCAACUGGUGCAUAUCAAGAAGAGCCGGGCGAAGAUUCAUGAGCCCACAUCUUCUCAACAAAAGAUCUGACGACACUAACAGCAGCAACAGAUACCAGGAGGGGAACUUUAAAGCCAUCACCCCACCUUUACCUCCUCGGACACAGUUCAACACAGCAGAGGCUCAAAGCUAUGAAAAUCUGGCUGAGGUAUCAGACUACGAGCAGAGCAUGCCGGAUUACGAGCAGAGCGUGCCGGACUACGAGCAGGACAAGCCGGACUACGUUCAGACCGUGCCGGACUACGAGCAGGACAAGCCGGACUACGUUCAGAGCAUUCCGGACUACGUUCAGAGCAUUCCGGACUACGAGCAGAGCGUGCCGGACUACGAGCAGAGCGUGCCGGACUACGAGCAGAGCGUGCCGGACUACGAGCAGGACAAGCCGGACUACGAGCAGAGCAUGCCGGACUAUGAGAGCAUAGAUGAGCCGCCUGAUUAUCUGAAGCUAGAGGGCGAGGUGGCCACGCUUCCUCCUCCACCAUAUGAGGAUCCAGAUGCAGCUGCAGAAACUUCCUCCACAGAGGACUACGAUGACAUCGAUGACAUUGGAGGGGGGGUUGAAAACCAGGAUGAUGAAGAGGACUACGAUGAUGUGGGAUAAGCCUGCGAGGGUGCAGGAGGGAGAUUGUUCUAAUAGACACUUUUGACUUUUCUUAUCUGGAUGCUGCUGAGCAGAGCGAUCAGAACGACUUUCUCUUUCCUCACAUUUCCCAUCAUCCAUUUAUGUUUAUUAAUAAAUACAAAAUAGCAGGA